AUGAGGAUCAUAUGUUGGAACUGUCGUGGGGUUGGGAACCCUGCGACAGUUCGUGAUUUGAAGCAACUUCUCGUUGCUAAUGAUCCAAAUAUUAUUUUCUUUUGUGAGACUAAAAUCAAUGCUAAUAAAUUUGAUUCUAUUCGUAGGAAGUGUAGAAUGGAGGGAUGCUUGGCAGUGAAGGUGGAAGGCAAAAGUGGGAGGCUGGUAAUGAUGUGGAAAGAUAGCAAAAUGGUCGAGAUUCAAACCUACUGCAGCAACCAUAUUGACUUGUUGAUCCAUGUUGAGAAUGACAGUCCCAUUUGCUUCACGGGCUUUUAUGGUAAUACCGACCCUAAUAAAAGACAGUGCUCUUGGAAUAUGCUUAGAAGGGUUGGAAAGUCUGUUAAGGAAAAGUGGAUCAUUUGGGGUGACUUCAAUGCUAUUCUUGAUGAAGCGAAAAAAGAAGGGGCCAGGAGAAAGUCAACUGUACUUAUGGAAGACUUUCAUUUGGUUGCUGAUGAGCUAUCGAUGGUGGACUUGAAGAUCGACAAUGGGUGGUUUACCUGGGUCAACAAUAGGGAGGGUAUAGCAAGGGUUAAGGAGAUACUUGACCGUUUCCUUAUGUCCACUAAUGAUGUGAAUAGCUUCACUUUCCUAGAAACUAGGGCGAUUCGAAAUGAGGAAGCUAAAAUGAUUAUCAAGGAAGCUUGGCAAAGCGGUACUCAGGAAACCAUGGAAAAGAUUAUGAAUGUGGGUAAAGAGCUUGGGAGAUGGCAGUAUAUGAAGCUUAAACAAAUGCAUAACCAAAUUGGAAGUUUGCAGGCAAAGAUAAACAGAAUUAUUGAUGGCCAGGGGAGUAAUUACGAGGGAAAUAAACUCAAAGCUAUGCGGUUAAAGCUUGGAAAUUUGUUGGAUACAGAGGAAAAAUACUGGGCUCAAAGGUCGAGGGUUAAUUGGUUAAAAGAAGGGGAUAUGAAUACUCGUUUUUUUCAUGUCAGAGCGUUUAACAGGAGGAAAAAAAAUAACAUUGCUAGACCUAAAGAUAUCAAUGGCUUUUGGAGAGAGAACACGGUUGAUAUUUGCAAAGCCAUCAAUGAGUAUUUUCAACUUUUGUUUAAGUCAAAUUUAAAUUCGAAUAAUGUGCUUAACCUUGACUAUAUUGAGAGGUGCAUUUCAGGGGAGGAUAAUGACAAAUUAUUGAAGGAUUUUAUGGACAGUGAGAUCAAGGAGGCUUGUAGUCAAAUGGAUCCUAGGAAAGCCCCGAGAAUUGACUGGUUGUUGGGAAAUUUUUUUAAAGAAAAUUGGGACGUUGUUGGAGAGGAUGUUAUUAUACUGUGCCUUGAUAUUCUUAGGGGAGAAAAAAAUGUGGACUGUUUAAAUGAUACCAUUAUUAUUUUAAUCCUUAAAAUUAAAGAGCCGGUGGACAUGACUAAUUUUAGGCCCAUUAGUAUUUGCAGGGUGAUAUACAAAAUUGUUACCAAAGUGCUAGCCAACCGGAUGAGGGAAACGCUUCCGUUAUGCAUUAGCCAAAAUCAAAGUGCUUUUGUUUCGAGGAGGAUGGUCCAUGAUAACAUUUUGAUUGCCCAUGAGCUAGUCCAUUAUCUUCAGAGUGGGAAGAAUGGUUCUAAUAAAGGGUUCGUAAUUAAGCUCGACAUGAGCAAAGCGUACGACCGGGUGGAGUGGAACUUCAUUGAAGAGAAAGAGGCCUUAGACAGACAGACCCUCUCUCCUUAUCUUUUUUUAUUUUACAUGGAAGCAUUUUCAAGGCUAUUAAUUCAUGCUCAGAAUAAUAAUAUGCUUAAGGGUAUUCAGGCUAGCAUAAAUGUGCCUCGUAUUAAUCAUCUCUUUUUUGCUGAUGAUGCUCUUCUUUUUGUUCAAAAUAAAAAAAAAGGGGACGUUGAGGAGAUUGUGAAUAUUAUUGCAAGUUUUAGUAGGGUUUCGGGCCAAGAGGUUAAUAAGGAUAUGUUUAUGAUUAUGUUUAGCCUAAAAACCCUAGCGGACCAUAGGCAUCUUUUUAGCUUUAUGCUUGGGAUACGUACUGUUGAUAAGCUUGAUAGUUAUCUUGGGCUUCCACUACCUGUUAGUAGGAAAAAAUCUUUAGCACUUAGUUACAUUAUCAAUAGGCGUACAUGUAGAGUAAGGAGCUGUUCGAAACAUUUGCUUUCGUACGGAGGGAAAAAGGUCUUCAUCAAGGCAAUUAUUCAGGCUAUUCUGACCUACGCAUUUUCAGUUUUUUUGGCUCUAAAAGGCAUUAUCGAGGAACUUCAUUCACAAAUGGGAAGGAUGUGGUGGACUAAUAACUACAAAGCUCGCGGGUGGGCAAUAAUGGCGUGGGAAAAAAUGUGUUACCCGAAGGAUAUGGGCGGCAUGGGCUUUCAAAACUUACACCUCUUCAACUUGGCUCUCUUGGGGAGACAGGUUUGGCAACUUAUGUCUCAACAGGACACUUUAUGUUUCAAGGUCUUAAGUCCAAAGUAUUUCCCGGAUGGGGACGUGUUCAGUUACAAAUGGUGCGAUAAACCAUCCUUCACUUGGGUGAGCAUUGCUAAGGCGGUUGACGUGCUUAAUGACGACUUUAUAUGGCAAGUGGGAGAUGGCAACAUGAUAGAUUUUAGACGGGACCACUGGGGGGUUGAAGGCAUUACAGGGGAGUCAGCUUGUUGA